AUGGCUGACACAAAAAUCAAUAACCUUCCAGCCCUUCCAGCGGAUCUGACACCUGAGUGGUUCAGUGCAAAGCUUGGCCACAAGGUCAAGUCUGUCGGGAACACGCACAAUAUCUGGGGAACAGCCAGCAAACUCUUCUACACCAUCACCUACGAAGAUGGGAGUAGUGAAGCCCGACCAACGAACAUCUGCGUCAAGGGCGUCUUUGAUCCCAACAUGAUCGAAGCUCAGCCAUGGACAGUCAGCUUGGCGCAGCGUGAGGCCGAGUUCUUCUCAAAGGUGGCACCCAGCAUCAACAACAUGAUCUUUCCCAAGGGCUGGUGGAGUGGAACAAGCGAAAAGCAAGGGAUCGCUAUCAUGAAUGAUCUCGUCAGCGAAGGAUGCACCUUUCCCGCCGAGGUUGCUGCUUAUUCAGUUGAAAAGGUCAAGAACGGUGUGGAGCAGUUGGCCGGUCUCCACGCACAAUACUGGGGACAGAGCCAGGAGGACCACCCUUGGAUCUGGAACAACUACGACCCUGCCAUGACCUUUAUGUGCAGAUCAUGGGACGAGGUGGUUCGACGUCCCGGUCGCCCUCAGUUACCAGAGUAUCUUAUGGAUGGCACUCGAUGCAACGAGGCUUUGGAUCGCUACUACGCUGAACGCAAUCCUCGAUUCCGAACUCUUCUUCAUGGCGAUACUCACAUCGGAAACAUCUACUUCACCGCCGACGACAGCAUUGGAUUCCUGGAUUGGUCCGCCUUCCACUUUGGAUCCUGUUUCCAUGAUGUUGUCUACCACAUGACGGCCAUGCUGAGCGUGGAAGAUCGCAGAACUCAUGAGAUGGAGAUCCUGGACCACUAUCUUGAGACGCUGCACCGUCUUGGUGGUCCCAAGUUCGACCGACAUAACGAUCCCGAAGUCAUGACUGAGUAUCGACGAUCUUUUAUGACAAAUGUCAUAUGGCUCAUUUGUCCUGAUGGCUUACAGAGCAAGGAACGUGUUGCAGCUCUGUGUGAGCGAACUGUUGCGACUUAUGAUGACCACAAGGUCAUUGACGUGAUUUUGAACGCACCCAAGCCAUCUUCAUAG